GCUCGGCUGCCCCUGGCCCAGCAGCCCCUGCCCCCAGCUCCCGGGGUGAAGACAUCUCGAGGGGAUGAGGUUCUGGUGGUGAACGUGAGCGGACGACGCUUUGAGACCUGGAAGAAUACUCUGGACCGCUACCCGGAUACUCUGCUGGGCAGCUCAGAAAAGGAGUUCUUUUAUGAUGCAGACUCGGGCGAGUAUUUCUUCGAUCGUGACCCUGAUAUGUUCCGGCAUGUCCUGAACUUCUAUCGCACCGGCCGGCUGCAUUGCCCACGGCAGGAGUGCAUCCAGGCCUUUGAUGAAGAGCUAGCCUUCUAUGGCCUGGUCCCGGAACUCGUUGGCGACUGCUGCCUGGAAGAGUACCGGGACCGCAAGAAGGAGAAUGCGGAGGGCCUGACAGAGUACGAGGAGGCUGAGCAGGCGGGGGAUGGCCCCGCUCUGCCCGCGGGCAGCUCCCUGAGGCAGCGGCUCUGGCGGGCCUUUGAGAACCCACAUACAAGCACGGCAGCCCUCGUUUUCUACUACGUGACUGGCUUCUUCAUCGCUGUGUCGGUCAUCGCCAAUGUAGUCGAGACCAUCCCGUGCCGGGGCUCAGCGCUGCUGCCAUCGAGGGAGCAGCCCUGUGGCGACCGCUUCCCUUUGGCCUUUUUCUGCAUGGACACGGCCUGUGUCCUCAUAUUCACAGGGGAAUACCUCCUGCGGCUGUUCCCCGCCCCCAGCCGUUGCCGCUUCUUGAGGAGUGUCAUGAGCCUCAUCGACGUGGUGGCCAUCCUUCCCUACUACAUAGGGCUUUUCGUGCCCAAGAAUGAGGAUGUCUCGGGUGCUUUUGUCACUCUGCGUGUGUUCCGGGUCUUCCGAAUCUUCAAGUUCUCCAGGCACUCACAGGGCUUACGGAUUCUGGGCUACACACUCAAGAGCUGUGCUUCUGAGCUGGGCUUUCUCCUCUUUUCCCUCACCAUGGCCAUCAUCAUCUUUGCCACGGUCAUGUUCUAUGCUGAGAAGGGCACAAGCAAGACCAACUUUACAAGCAUCCCUGCGGCCUUCUGGUAUACCAUUGUCACCAUGACCACACUUGGCUAUGGAGACAUGGUGCCCAGCACCAUUGCUGGCAAGAUUUUCGGGUCCAUCUGCUCACUCAGUGGUGUCUUGGUCAUUGCUCUGCCUGUACCAGUCAUUGUGUCCAACUUUAGCCGCAUCUACCACCAGAACCAGCGUGCUGACAAGCGCCGAGCACAGCAGAAGGUGCGCUUGGCAAGGAUCCGGUUGGCAAAGAGUGGUACCACCAAUGCCUUCCUGCAGUACAAGCAGAACGGGGGCCUUGAGGACAGCAGCAGUGGCGAGGACCAGGCACUAUAUGUCAGGAAUCGUUCCGCUUUUGAGCAGCAACAUCACCACUUGCUGCACUGUCUAGAGAAGACGACGUGCCAUGAGUUCACAGAUGAACUCACCUUCAGUGAGGCUCUGGGAGCUGUCUCACUGGGUGGCCGCACCAGCCGCAGUACCUCUGUGUCCUCCCAGCCAGUGGGGCCUGGCAGCCUGCUCUCUUCCUGCUGCCCCCGCAGGGCCAAGCGCCGUGCCAUCCGCCUUGCCAACUCCACUGCCUCAGUUAGCCGUGGCAGCAUGCAGGAGCUGGACACACUGGCAGGGCUACAGAGGAGCCCUGCCCCUCAGAGCCGCUCAAGCCUCAAUGACAGCCUUGACCUGAACUGCGACAGCCGGGACUUCGGGUCACCUUUAAUCAGUACCCCCCCCCCCCCUGCCAAUACCCCAGAUGAAAGUCACCCUUCUUCCCCUGGCGGCGGCGGCGGCAGUGGUGGCGGCAGGACCAGCAGUACCCUCAGGAACUCCAGCCUGGGUACCCCCUGCCUCCUUCCUGAGACUGUCAAGAUCUCUUCCUUGUGAGGUGUGGGCUUUCCCAUUCAGAAGGCCUCCUUUAUUCUUGGGGGACUCCUUUCCAAAGCCAUAUUUUGGGGAAGCAGAGAGGGGCAGGCCUGGGGACCCCUUCUGCCCCCACUGAGAACUAUGCAAUGGAGUUUCACAGAAUGGCCCACCUUGUGGGGAAGGAGCCAGGGAAUGGGGAACUCAUCCCACCCCAGAAAAUCUUCCUGAUGGAGACUGGAGCACUAGGUUUCCACAGGCCCCUGGCUUCCUGCCCCAGAACUCUGGGACUGGCCUCUCUCCCCAAGCUGGCCUCCUGCAUGCUCCUCCCCAUGGGCCCUCCGAGGUAGGUAAAGCUUCCAUCUGAUAUCUGAGCUCUGACCUGAGAAGGAGUGUUCCCUUUUACUGGGCUGAGGAGGUUUGGGAGUUCCAAGCAGAGAAACUUACCUCUAAUCUAGUCUCUAGGAGAGGUCCUGCCCUCCACCAGGUCCAACAAUUCCCGUAUUCUGGAGCUUGGAAUGCAACCACUGGCUUCAUGGGCUGCGGCCUCAGCAGUGAUCUGCCACCUGCAGGCCUUGGCCAAGGGGUCAGGCUGCCUCUCCCAACACACACACAUAGCACAAACACCACUGCCCCCUUCCCUGGCUGCUGGAAAUGGGUCCCUGCCACCUUGCCCUCCACUGGGCCCACAGCAAACUCUAGCAAUAGCAGCUGCUGCCAUGACAUUAUGCAAAGCCUCUGACCAGUUUGCUGCAGCAUUUACAUCUGCCCUGAUCAGAGGGGCCACCUCUAACUACACCUCUCUUCUCUGGUUUGCUUCCUUCCUGGGUUGGGCUAGAGUCUGGACUGGCUGAGAUAAGAGCCUGGCAGCUAGCAAAAGCUGAGCUGUGUUUGGAGAUCAGAGGCUGAUUCCAUGUACUUGGGCAGGAGUCCAGAAGCAUCAGGGGCUGAGACCUGGGUUGUUGCUGAAGUUGAGGAGUUGUAAGAGGCAGGAGAAACUUCUUGAUCUCCUCCUCUAUCAUAACUCCUUUUCACAUACUCCUCUCUCUUUUCCCUCUUGGUUCACCUUCCGGAAUUCUGCUCACAAGCUGAAAUCUGGCAUCAUCUCAGGUUCCCUGUCCCCGGUACUGUCCCUGUGCAGCUGGCAGUUGAUAAAGAUGUAAUUUCCAUCAGUAAAUAAAACCUGAGAGGAGAGAUGAGGACUGAGCACCUCCUGGCUCUGUGGGUGUGAGGGCUGGGUUGGGCUGGGGGAUUGAAAAUGAUGAUUUCAAUGCCUUUUAACUAGUGGAAGGGCCGAUAUGGGUAAAGGUAUGGGAGGCGGUUGGCUGGGGAUGUCUUCUGGAAGAUGAAGCUCUAGGAGAUACGAAAGAAGGUGGCUUGAAAAGUCAAAUCUACAGCUGGUGAAGCUGGCUAGGGGGUUCCGAGACAUUUCUUCUGACAACUCUUCAGCCCCCUCAUUCACAGAUGGGGAAACCAAGACCCACAGCAACACAGGAUUGGUUAGCAGAGACUUAAACCCAGGCUUCUUGACAGCAAACGACUCUGAAUUUAACCCUAAUAAAAGUAUGUUUGGGGAGGUGGCAUGGUGAUUAUGGUGCUGGACCACCC